AUGAGCGGUUACCGGAGGUGUAACAUCUGUCAUGAUGAGGGUCACUUUGCUAGAGAAUGUCCUACAGUCAGAAGGAUUGGACCACCGACACACCAUGUUGGGAGAUCUAUUAAGAGGGGUGGUGCCAAACCACAGACUACUAGGCGAGUUUACGCUUUGACUGGAGUAGAGGCAGUUAACUCAGGUAACCUCAUCGUCAGCUGUUGUUUGUUGUUUGGUAUGCCUUGUGUGGUGUUGUUUGAUUCGGGGGCGACACAUUCAUUUAUGUCUGAGACUUAUGCGGAGAAAUUGGGUUUGGUAGUCGGGGAGCUUCAGUGUAAUCUGGUGGUUUCUACACUAGCAUCUAGGUUGGUCAGGACGUCUACAGUAUGUUCUAGAUGUCCUAUUGAGGUUGAGGGGCGUAAAUUCAGAGUGAACCUUAUCUACUUGCCUCUACAAGGGCUAGAGGUAAUCUUGGGAAUGGAUUGGCUAUCUGCCAAUCGCAUUCUUAUCGACUGUGGUAACAAGGAUUUGAUAUUUCCUAGCGAAGAUGAAGAUAUGUCCUUGUCGAUAGGCGUGUUGAGGCAAGACAUAAUGGAAGGCGCCAAUUGUUUCUUGGUGAUGUCGCAUAUGGAAGCAACGUCGGAUCAUUCGUCUCACGAGAAUUAUAGUGUAGACCUUUUAGUCGUGAAUGACUUCGUGGAUGUUUUUCCUGAAGAAGUUCCUGGUUUACCUCCUCCGCGAGAAGUGGAGCUCUCCAUUGAUCUGGUCUCAGGAGCAGAGCCAGUAUCUAUAGUCCCUUAUCAGAUGGCUCCAGCUGAGUUGACUGAGUUAAAGAAGCAGAUUAAAGAGCUGUUAGAGAAACAAUUUAUCCGGUCAAGUGCUUCGCCGUGGGGUGCGCUAGUGUUGCUAGUAAAGAAGAAGGAUGAUAGAUCAAGGUUGUGUGUCGACUAA